UCCGGUCUCACCGCAUGUAUCCGUCUUUCUUUUCAACGUGUUGCUGGUCGCCGAAGAUUUUCGUUGUGUAUAUUUACUGACAAAAUGCCUCAAAAUGAAUACAUGGAGCGCCACCGCAAACUGUACGGCCGACGUCUUGAUUAUGAAGAACGCAAACGAAAAAGAGAGGCACGUUUGCCCAAGGAACGGGCACGAAAAGCACACAAAUUACGUGGCAUUAAAGCAAAGUUAUUUAAUAAAGAACGUCGCAACGAGAAAAUACAAAUUAAAAAAAAAAUACAAGCACAUGAAGAAAAAAAAGUGCAAAAACAAGAGGAAAAAAAUGAAUGUGGAGCUCUACCUCAUUAUUUGUUGGACAGAGGCAUCCAGUCAAGUGCUAAGGUUCUAUCAAAUAUGAUAAAGCAAAAACGGAAAGAGAAAGCUGGGAAAUGGGAUGUACCAAUACCCAAAGUUCGUGCACAAUCUGAUGCUGAAGUAUUCAAAGUGCUAGCAACUGGUAAAACCAAACGUAAGGCUUGGAAACGUAUGGUAACUAAGGUUACUUUCGUAGGAGUGAAUUUCACCCGGAAGCCGCCGAAAUACGAACGUUUCAUACGACCGAUGGCCUUGCGUAUGAAAAAAGCUCACGUGACCCAUCCAGAAUUAAAGGCAACUUUUCACUUACCCAUUAUUGGCGUUAAGAAAAAUCCCAGUUCGCAAAUGUUUACGUCUUUGGGUGUUAUAACAAAGGGCACAGUGAUUGAGGUUAAUAUUUCAGAGUUGGGUUUGGUUACUCAGAGUGGCAAAGUUGUGUGGGGUAAAUAUGCUCAGGUCACAAAUAAUCCGGAAAACGAUGGAGUUAUCAACGCAGUCCUUCUCGUAUAGACCAUAUGCAGCGUAUUUUACUGAUUAAUUUACUAAAUUCAAGCAAAUAAAACGAAUAAAAUUACAACUAUAAAUGUGUAA